AUGGAUGAGGAUACUAGUAGAUUGGCCCCUCCGGCCGUUAGCUCCCUCCGCGCCCAAGCUAUCGGCCGUUCAAUGGAAAGAUCUUUGAGCGCAGAUAUAAGGGAAGAACGCGAGGAACUUCGCGAGGCUGCCGAACAGACCCUGAAUGUUAUUGUGGAUCUAAACCUCGAUGGCACUAUUCGUUGGGUUAGCCCGUCAUGGCUUGAAGUGAUUGGAACCACGCCAGAGACUGUCGAGGGAACCCCGAUUGCCGAUUUGAUCGUAAGCGAGGAUAAGGCUGCGUUUGCCGAGGCUAUUGAUUCGAUGAAAAAGGAUGAUUCCCGAAGUCAGUAUAUUCGGUUUACCGUUUAUCUAGGACCCUCGUCAAAAUUAUAUCCUGCCGAUGUUGGCAAGGAACCUGAAGAUAUCGAGAAUGGUGCUGCUACAGUUGAGCUUGAGGCCCAAGGGAUCAUGGUCUAUGAUCGUACCACUGGCGGCGAAAGUCAUACUAUGUGGAUGAUACGACCAUGGAUUGCCCCUCGCGAAAUCAAGAUCGAUCUGGCACCGUUGCUGGUAGAUUCCCUCGGAUCAGGUGCCGAGGUUCUUGCUAGUUAUCUCACUCAACUGGCUGAAUCUGGGACCGACGACCCCGCCAACCAUCCUCCGCCUUUACCUGUCCUCUGCCGUAUUUGCGAACGACAUAUCCCUCCUUGGUGGUUCGAAAAACAUACGGAUUUAUGUCUCCAAGAGCACCGAGCCGAAAUGGACGUGCAAAUGGCCCAGGAGAACCUAACCGAGCAUCGACAUGCCAUCGUCAGAGUGCUGGAUGCGCUAGAAGCCCGCAAGAGUCGUGCUAUCUCAGGAGAUUCGGUAACAAUCCCUAUUGCUGAAUAUAAAGGUUUGCCAAUAGGGCCAUCUUCUAGUACAUCAUCACCAGGAACAGCAUCGCCUACCCCAUCAUCGAGGGACCGUUCAACGGGAUUUGGUCACUCUCGCUCUAGAUCAUUUGCGGUGCGACGUCCCCAAGCUCGUAUUGUCGAGCUACUUCUAGAUCUCUGCGAUACAGCUAUUGAGAUCAGCACACCCGCGAUAAAAGACUCGUCACAACCUGCCGGCGAGUUUCGUACCCAAUCGCCACAAUCCGAGUCUCGAAUAUCCCAGGUGCUUCAAUGGCAAUCGCCUGGUUCGAACACACUUGAGCAAGAGCAAGGGCUGGCUUUGCUAUGCUCCGAUACUGAAAAGGUCUCCAAGGAGAAGGUUGAGGCUGUGUUUCGGCAUAGAAGGAUAAUUGAGUACGCAGAACGCAUCCGGAUCGAAUUCACUGUCAUAGUUGAUAAUUGCAUUGAAGACGCAAUGCACAAGGCAGCUCGGAUCGCUGCAGGCCGUCUGAGUGACUCAACUGAGGAUGAAGAGGGCGAAGAAGAGGAGGAGGAGGAGGAAGAAGAUGUGGAAGAAACCCCGGUAGUAGAGGUGGAAGAGGAAGCAGUCUUUGCCGGAUCCUUCGACCCGCCUUCUUCGCUAGCGAUUGCUUUAGGGAACGUGGCGUCGAGCGAUGCAGACGAUAGAAGACGGCCGUCUUCCGUCAUCGAAUCUACACGGUCGAGCAGUCCUAGAGAAUGCCCCACGCCAAAAUCCCAUCGUGAAGUUUUGGCCCCCACUAGCCAGCCUCGAGGAUCUCGUCGAAGUUCUGCGCUGUUCGAAAGUGAGGCAGGAGAUAGUGACGGUAGCGCCAGGUCUGGCUCCAUAGCACGCCAACCAUUCCGUACCGACUCUUCCAUGUCUGAAUUUGGUGGUUUGCGACGCGCUACCAGCUCGCGACAACAUCAAAGGAGAAGCCUCAUCCUGACUGGGACAUCGUCACCUCAUCGCCAAGAAUCCCCUUCCAGAGGAGCGCAACCAUCGUCGCCACUGCGGAUGCAUAAGCCUCGUAACCUUCAGUUUCCCCAGGAAGGCGUCGCUUCCCCGGAGGCAUCUCCUAUGCUCCCUAGCAGUGAAUUCAGCUCACCGGCCAUAGUUCCACACCAUCGUCGAACAUCUUCAGCAGCCUUAUCAGAGUUGCCAAGUCGCCAGCCCGCAUCUCCACGCCUGAGCGCCGCUAAUCAUCCUCCCAUGGCACGCGCCGUUCCGCCUUCCAUCAAAGAUUUCGAGAUUAUUAAGCCAAUUAGCAAAGGUGCCUUUGGCAGUGUCUAUUUGUCUAAAAAGAAAUCCACCGGCGAAUAUUUCGCCAUCAAGGUGUUGAAGAAGGCUGACAUGGUUGCCAAAAAUCAAGUCACCAACGUCAAAGCCGAAAGAGCAAUUAUGAUGUGGCAGGGAGAAAGCGAGUUUGUGGCAAAACUAUAUUGGACCUUCUCUAGCAAGGACUACCUCUACCUUGUUAUGGAAUAUCUGAAUGGCGGCGACUGCGCUUCGCUCAUUAAAGUCCUCGGAGGCUUGCCUGAGGAGUGGGUAAAGAAGUAUCUUGGAGAAGUCAUCCUCGGGGUAGAGCAUCUUCAUGAUCGAGGCAUUAUCCAUCGUGACCUAAAGCCAGAUAACUUGCUCAUUGACCAAAAAGGCCAUCUUAAACUGACCGAUUUCGGUCUAUCACGAAUGGGAUUGAUUGGUCGUCAGAAGAGAGCGCUGAAUAGUGGAAGCGGUGAACCAACUCCGGACUUGCUCAAGACGGGCCCUUUUGUCCGGUCAACGUCUGUCGCAUCAUCGCGAUCAACUUCACUUGAUUUCCAUGGCAAUCAUUCCCCUUCCACAACCCCACAAAUUACGCCGGAUACUGGAGUUGGACAGCCGUCGUAUUUUAAUCUCUCACAAGCCUCAGAUCCACGUCGUAUCUCUGGUCAACGUAGUGAUAGCGGUGGUAGCGAAACGCUGACACAUAUGAUGGGGAAUUUCUCUUUGAACGACACCCAACCAAGCCAGUCCAGCCUGCGAUCUCCACACGACGACGGCAGUGAUGGUGGCCACGCUUCUCCUGACGUCUCCUUUCUCCACCCUAAUGUCAGCCAGAGCGGUGACAUGCAUAGAAAUACACCCCCUCAGUCAAAUAUGAUGCCUCCUCCGAUGGCCCUCUUUGACCCUGAUGAUACCAACCGUAGGUUUGUGGGAACACCGGACUACCUCGCCCCUGAGACUAUCAAGGGUGCUAGACAAGACGAGACCAGUGAUUGGUGGUCAGUCGGUUGCAUCUUGUUUGAGUUUCUGUAUGGAUACCCUCCUUUCCAUGCUAAUGAGGCCGACCAAGUUUUUGAGAACAUACUUGCUCGAAAGAUCAUGUGGCCUGAAGAUCCAGACGAUAUAUCUCCCGAGGCGAAGGAUCUCAUUAACAAAUUGCUAUGCAUUGAUCCCCAACAGAGACUAGGUUCCAACCGCGAUGACAGUUAUGCCUCUGGCGGGGAAGAGAUUAGACACCAUCCUUGGUUUUCAGGCCUGAACUGGGACACCUUGCUUCAGGACGAUGCCGAGUUCAUUCCUCAGCCAGAAAAUCCCGAGGAUACUGAGUAUUUUGAUGCCAGGGGCGCUACUCUGCAAUCCUUCACCGAAGAGAUAGAAGACCAAGCGUCGCCCCCAUCCGCCCCAACUCCGGAUUAUCCUGAUCGCCCACAUGACGCACUCUCACGCGUCCGUUCCCAAGUUCAGGUCAAUCAAAUCAAACGAGGCUUGAUGCCAUUGCACAUACCUCCUCAUAUCCGGGAUCUAAAGAGUCGACGGCUUAGUGAGCCAGUGGCUGCAGAUGAUUUUGGGACGUUUGCUUUCAAGAACCUCACAGUUCUUGACAAGGCAAAUAAAGAUGUCAUUCAGCAACUAAAAGCUCAAGCAAUGGCAGCGCAGAAUAGAUCCGCGAUGAGUCCAGGAGGUAAUAACCCUACCUCUCCAGCUUCUGCGCUCGAAGGAAGCCCGGUCAUGUCUAUCCCGGUGCAGCGUACUUUGUCGAACGCCAAAGCUUCUGCCUCGCAUCGUCCCGCAUCGCCAUCCGCAAAUAGUCACGCCAAUUCGUCUCCUAGUCGCGCCUCGCAGCCAUCUUCGCCGUUGCUUGUGUCAUUCCACGCCGGCCAGGGCCUAGAGGGUCGCAGAAAAGCUUCAAGCAACUCCUCUAGCCUCUCGCAGCAGUCUGGGCCCAACUUCUUACAAUCCUCGGGCCCUGGUGAGCAACCUCGCCCCCCCGCGAGUCUCCAAAAGUCAGUCAGCGCUGUUACUGCCGCCGCUACCGCACCUCCCAUGAAGGGAAAGGGAGCGCCGCCUCCUCUUCCUCUUCCCCUUUCCCCACAGAAGACAAUAGGGACGUCAAGGCAAGCGAGUGGUUCUUCGACACGAUCGCGAUCUUUGACCGUAGGCUCGCAAGAAGGUAGUCCCGUUGCGGCCGAUCUGCUCGCGCAUCAUCGUAACCGCCGGAGCCAAGUUUUCGACAUGUCUCCCUCGUCAUCGGAUAACGAAGGUGAUCGGGCAAACGCGCUUCUCAAGGUUCAACGGCGUCGUCAAUCUUCCCGUCGAAUGUCGGCUAUCAUGCUUGAUAGUCCAACGUUUCGUUCCUUGGACGUUCUUAUUUGCGAAGACCACCCAGUUUCCCGGAUGGUUAUGGAGAAACUGCUCGAAAAGCUUCGGUGUCGGACCAUCUCUGCAUCAACUGGCUCGGACGCUGUCCGAUAUGCCGUAGGUGAGAUCAAGUUUGAUAUUAUCUUCACUGAGUUCAAAUUGCCUGAAAUCAGUGGAACAGAUGUUGCUCGCAUGGUUCGUGAAGUCAAGAAUGUGAACGCUCACACACCAAUCGUUGCAAUAACAGCUUACUUGAAAGAGCUCCAGGCCCCCCAUUACUUUGACUCUCUUAUUGAGAAGCCUAUCAGCUCUUCCAAGCUGACCGAGGUGUUGUCUAAUCUCUGCCAAUGGAAGCCACCCUCGCCUAGCCAAGUCCAGUCGCUGUCCAUUCCCAACCCAAUAACUAGUAUCAAACUGCAUAGCGCGCGUUUGGAAUACAGUCCUACCUCUGGAUCUUCUGUAUUUGCUCCCGCGGCAGGCAGUAGCUUCAGGGGCUCAAGCAGGGAGGACUCGAUCAGUUCUAGCUUAUUUGGGGAUUCUGAAUCCGCGACUACUGAUGAGAUACCUGUGGUCACUAGUCGAAAAGUCACAGGUGAAUGGGCAGAUGAUUCCGGGCUUGGAAUUAGUAACGAAGAGGCAGUGGCAAGCUCUGGAGGAGCAUCAAAGAUGCCUAUCCCGCUUAUUUCUCAACAGUCGGCGCCGGCCCAAAUGGAGCAACCGAGAAUGCCUGCUCCUCGACGGUCUCUGGAGAAGUUGCGUUCUAGGCGUGAACACCUUGAGAAGCGGCGCACAGAAGGCAACGACUCAGCUGACGAUGAAGAUGACGAACUUGGCGUCCACCGAGAUCGCACUUUACGUGCCAAACCACCACCUCCUAGUUCGAAACUUGGCAUUGAAAUGAUGAGAGCAAAUAGUCACGACAGUGUUGCUUUUUCAUCUGACACUACUCCAGAACCUAUCACACAGGUAGUCACGCCAGCUAGAGAGAAUGACGUCUCACCACUUUCAGGUGCUCCACCACCGCCUAAGGCGAUACAAACCCCGCCCGAAUCAUCUCCCAAGUCCGAUGUAAGCAAUGACGAAAGCUCUGAUAAGACGCCGCGACCGGCGGCGUCUAUUCAAAGCGAAGGGAUCCAAAUCCCAAUCCCCAGACCAUCUAUGAAGUAUUCCGAGACUGUUUUUCGGAUGAGUGAAAGUUGAGAAGUCCCAAAUUGGGCAUGACGGUUACUUGCACUGUUCGGCGUGUUUACCGCAUUACAAUCGUUUUUAUCAGUGUUAUACACAGCAUGGCGUUUCUUAUCGGACUGGCGUGCAGUGAAUGCAAUUUAUUUCCUUUGUGAGGGUUACCAGAUAGCCGUGGAGUUUGGGAUUUGUUUGAGGGAAAUGGAACUCGAAGGAGGCAAAAAGAUGCUCCAGACAGAGAUAGGGUGGACCAGUUGUCGCAUUUACACCGUUUGAGUUUUCUACCGCGUCUUUGUAUUGUCAUUAUGCUCACCGCUGGACGAGUUCUACUGUCAUGGCCAUCUCUUUUUCUCCUUCAACAAAUCAUACCAUCUCACCCAAACCCCAAUUCCCUUCGUUCACCUUUCCAGAGGGGUGUCGUUUUAUCCCACCGAGAGCACUCACUCCUAUUGAUGUACGAGUAUGUUUGGUAAAAAAGGGAGAGGGAU